GCAGAAACGAAACCUAACGUUCAUGAAGAGAGAUCCAGACUGAAAGAGAUCACACUCUACCAUCAGAGCUGAGAGCAGACAGGAGGAGAAGGGGACUGAGCUAGAUUACCAAACAGCAGAGAUCAUGAAAACUACCACACACAAAUGGUUCUUCAGACAUCUCCUCUGUUUCCUGGUUGGGACUUUAGUUGACUCCUCUUCCCUCCCCCCAUCCACCCUCCCCCGGCCCGUCAACACCAAGGUGGGAGAGCAGGUGGUCCUUCCCUGCAGCUGGAAGAGCCGCCUGGGGGAGAUGGAGAUGGAGCUGCCCGCCUGCCACAUCCAGUGGAAGAACCCGGCCAACACCGUGUUCGAGCAGCUUGGCCAGCGCAAGUUUGAGGCACCCGGGUUUGAAGGCCGGGUGGGGGUCCUGGAGGAGAGGCUGGGGUCCGGGGACUGUUCCCUGAUCAUCAGGGACGUUCAGAUUAUGGACAUGGGGAGAUACGAGAGCUUCAUGGUGGUGGACGGAGCGUGGUCCACCAAAACCCGGGUGUUCAUUCAGAGCGUCAAGCUGUUAGUGAGCGACCACAAGUCCCUUCAGACCCGUGCUCCAGGCGAGGACUUGGUUCUGGACCUGCACACCAGUCACUCUGUCAGAGUCAUUUUCCAGGGCAGGAACAGCUCUGAUUGGACGGACCUGUGGAUGAAGGACGAUGAAAACAGUCAGGGUUUGGAGAAACAUCCUCUGAGAGAGCAGCUGACCAUUAAGAGUUUGAAGCUCUCGGAUGAAGGGCUGUACAAAGUCCUGGAUGAGCAUGGCCUCGCUGUGAGCACCGUGAAGCUCUCCGUGGAAGGUGAGACACCCACUUUACCUCCUGAGGGCGCCAACUCCCACAAACUCCCCCAAACUCAAGACAAUCAACAACCUACAGAUGGAGCUUCUACACACAGUUUCUCCGCUCUUCUCCUCUUGUCUGUUCUCGUCACGUCUUUCCAAAGUCUUCAUCUUUCCUGAGAAAAUGAAAUGAGCAAAACUGCUCGACUGAAACGACUGCUUGCACACUUACUAACAGAGAUAAUAUGAUUGUACUGAAGCGUAUCGCCCCUGUGUUCCUGAACAUUAGCUGGGAUCAUUUUAGAAAUGAGCCUGGUGUGCUGUGAGUUUGGGGUGUCAGGACAAAAAGACGAUCGCUUUAAAGGGUAAUUACAUUUUUAAAUCCUGAACACGAUCAAAGGUUUUUAUCAAUUUCUGCUAAUUGGCUUCUGGCAGCAGCAAGAGACCUGAGAUUUGUCCACUAAAAGAUGUUUUUGUCCCUGACAGGCUCAGGUAGUUAUUCUUAGUGACAUCAUCACAGAAAGGAUCCCUGCACAGAUAGACCUCUCCACAUGAAACAGCCGUUAGAUUGCUCUCUGUGGAUAUACCAGACUUCUACGGAGCCCCUGAAGUCCCACAAAGUUUAAAAAUAAAAAUCCUGUCCAACAAGUUAUCAUCUCAUAUCUGUGCACAAGAUAUUACGUUGUGGAAAAAAGUUGUCUUGUGUGUACAAGUUAUCAUCUAACUUGUGCACACUUUUUUCUUAGCUUCUUGGGACUUCAGGGGCUCCGUAGUCUCCGUUGACAGAAUCCCCUUUCUAAGAUCACAUAACACCGGAGCCUCUGAUGUACUGCUGCAUGGAUAAAUCAGUGUGUUUAUGUUAUUGUGUUGUGUUGUAAAUGAUGCGAUCGAAUACAACACAAUAACGCAGGCAAACUAUUCCAGCAGAUGUUGACGUGGGGUUCCUGUGUUCUUUGAGGUUAAAUGACCGUUUCUGUUGGUGAAGUCUGGUGGCUUUAAAGAGAGUCAUGUAACGUGAACAUCAUCUGCCUCUGUAACAGAAAGCUCUCUCUCUGCAUCCUCUCUGUAACGUAGUCACACACUUGGAGUAACAACCGGAGCCGGUCAGGGACAAAAACAACAACUUUGAAUGUCUGUGUAGCUUCUCAGUCAUCCAGGUCAUUGAAGCUUCAUUAAAGGCGCUUAACAUCUUUACCUAAUACAAAUAUGAAUAUUUUUAAAUUUGAACGUGAGUCAAAACUUGAUAUUAGUCAUAUUUGGUAAAUCUGACUGCAACAAAUCCAUUUUAUCUCCCACACAUGUGAAGUCUUGACUAUGUACAGCGAGUGAUUAAGGUUUUCAUUUACAUUUAUAUCCCCUGGGAAGUGAUGAGGGCUUUGAUAAAAAUGCUCUUUAAUGAUUAAAUUAAUAUUCAAGCUUUGUUUAUCCUCCUAAAUACAAACAUAUUUGUGAUCUAUGUCUACACGGCCACUGAGAUCAUUUAUUUUCCAUCUAAAGACAUUUGACAGCCAAUUAGCUUUCAGUUAGCUGUGAAGGUGGCUAAUUGUUUUGUUUUAUGUGGCUUGAUUUCUGUGUUCUGUUUAAUACAGUGAGGUUUGCAACACAAAUUUGAAAGUUUCAUACUUAAGACAUCCAAAACGUUUGUAUCACAGUGAGUCAGAAUAUCAAAAAGCUAAGUUAGCUAGUAAGAACAAUGCUAACUUAGCUCUUUUGAUACUUGGUUCUUUGUUGUUUUACGUUGAAAUGAGGCUAGAUGUCUGAGUUUUUUUUUUCUGACAUUAAGGUCACACAAUUUUAGUUUGAUCUUGUAAAGAUGACUCCCGAAACUUUCAUGUUGUUUCAUAACGCACAGCAAUGUAAGCCAGGCAGGAAAAGGAAUUCUAAAGUUAGCUGUAACAGAAGCUAAGUGAAAUGUUAAAAGUUGUGAGUUGUGUUAAGUUCAGUUAAGUUUGUGACAAACUUGAAAAAAAUUCAAUAUUAUAAAGAUGACAUCCAAAAGUUUUGUAUUGUGAAUUCCAAUCAAACUGUUGUGUUAGCUAGGAAGUAGCUUUGCUAACAUUAGCCGUAAUCGUAGCUAAUCUGUGAAAUUGUUUUAUUUUGGAAUGUGGCUGUGUGAGUUUUCGGACUAGUCUUUACAGCAGGAGGAAAAUUAAACAUUUGUUUGUCAUAUUCACCUGAUUCAAAGAACUUAAAACCUUCAACUCAGACACGACAGCCCGUCAGCGUUUGAACGUCCCACCGUGAGUAUGAUGAAACAGGAAAAUGGCCGCUGUGUGGUUGUAGCGAAUGCACAUAUAUACAUUUCUGAAGUUGUGUAUUUGUUGCCGUUUUAUUGUUUGCAGUGUUCAAAAUAUUAAGUUUGCUCUGUCUCCAAUACGAAAAUAUAUCCGUCUGUGCUUGUGGUGAAUGCUAACAGAAAGUCGGGUUAACAGUAAUUGUGUUUUUGGCAAUAUUAACGUGAUAUCUAAAAGUG